AUGUGGCCGUUGAACGCCUACAACAGCUCGGCGAAACAAUCCCAUCCCCAAAAACUCCCAACUCCACCCAGGAUCCCCAAAACAUCGAACUCACACCCUCCCACAAGUGACACAACACCAUGCUCUACAGCUGCUACCGCCGCCGCCGAAAACUCAAACGCCUCUUCCCUCCUCAUCCGCUACCUCCAACACCGCUACCCAGACGUCCUCUUCCACAAGCUCGUUGCGCUGACCAUCGACGAUGCCCCCUCGCAAUAUACACGCGAGAUAGCAGCAACGCUAAAAGCGCACAGCGCCUCCGCGACGUUCUUCGCGAUUGGGUCGCAGAUCGACGGGGAUGGGCGCGAGGCUGUCCUCGCCGACCUGGUGCGCGGGGGAAACGAGCUGGGGAACCAUGCUAUGCGGGAUGAGCCGUCGCGCGCGCUGAGCGACGAGGUGCUCGCGGCGCAGAUUGCGGAGGUGCAGGCGAGGAUAAGUCGGGUGUAUGCGCGCGCUGGGGUCGAGGAGCCGCGGGUUAGGUGGUUUCGGCCGGGGAGUGGGUUUUUUAGUGAGAGGAUGAGGAGGUUGGUUGCCGGAAUGGGGCUAAAGAUUGCGCUGGGGAGUGUGUAUCCUCAUGAUCCGCAGGUGCCGUAUGCAUGGGUGAAUGCGGCGCACGUGCUUAGUAUGGUGCGGCCGGGGAGUGUGAUUAUUUGUCAUGAUCGGAGGAGUUGGACGGGGCCGAUGCUCAGCAGGGGGUAUCGGGUUGUGACGCUGAGUGAGUUGGUGAGGGAGGCGGAUGGGUCAUGAGGUGAGGCUAAGGCUACGGGGCUACAGGCUACAGAGGCAGGUUUGGUCCGGUGCGUUGCAUUGCAUACUUUCUCUUCGUUGUUGAUACAUGUCUAUAGAAUACCCAUACCCAUACCCAUAUUACCGUACACUGUGAUAAUGCAAAGCACAAGGCUGAUCGCCAGCGAUAGCCUGUCAACAUGAUUCUUCCACCCUCACUCCCAUCUUCUCCACUCGAGUAAGGUCCUCCGCAGCUCGGUGUCACAGUCAUAACCCUUGCGCUCCUCCUCCAACAACUCCUCUCGUCGUUCCCGAAUGUGCUGCUCAACGUCGUAGCGCUUCAGUGCGAUCA